AUGAUGUGCAAGACGCAGAUCACAGACCUCUACAUGGAUAACGACGAGCUGUCAGCGAGACGGCAAGAGGAACUGCUAGAGGAGGCCGCCCAGCUGUUGAGCCGCUCAGAGGGCGCCGUAGACGUGGCCGAGGCCAACUUGCACGCCGUGUGCGCGUUCCUGAAGGACGCCUCCAUGCGCCAGUCGCCGGAGGAGCAAGGGCCGCUAAAGACGAUCCUCCGCCAUCUGCAGCGAGAUGCGACCUGGGCGGCUACCCGGCUGCUGUCUGCCCUGGGCGGCGACGCCGCGCGCGCGCAGCGCGCGGCGCGGAGGAUCCAGGGCGCCUGGAAGCGCUCCCGGACACGGGUUGCGGAGGAGCCGGUCAGCCCUCUCGGGCUUGGCCGCAAGAAAGCACUGGGCCCUGGGCGGAGCGUCCGCGACAGCCGGAGUUGCGGCCGCACCUCAUGGCGCUGGUCCCGCUGUGAGCGUGUCUCCUGCGUACUGCCGGGUGCCACAGCGCGGACGGCCGAAGCUUUGAGCAUCCACCUGCUUCGGGAGGGCUCCGAACUCCUGGCGCAGCUCCCCGGGAUGCCAGCCAUGGACGUGGUCACACAGUUCCAGCGCAACUGCCUGGCCCUCGACUCGGCGCUGGUGCCCAUGAAAGGGGCCGCGGCGGUGGCCUUCUGGCUGAACGUGAGGAACCUCGUGGUCGUUUUGGCCCUGCUGCAGCAAGCUUCUCGGCCUGCGGGCCGUCUUCCUUCCUCCUCGGAGGAGUGGCGGGCUUGCUUGAGCUGCACCUCGCUCUUUGUGAUGGGCCGGCCCCUGUCGGCGCAAGACAUCGACCACCAUGUCUUGGGCCUGGGCUCUCACUCACCGCUUUCCUUCCCAUCGCGGAAGAGCCUUCAGAGCCUCUGUGGCGAGCAGGGCAGCGUUGCUGGCCACGUGCAAGGCCUCAUGCCCUGGCCAAUUUUCGGCCUCUGGCUGCCGGUGUCUUUCGGCCUCCCGGCCCUCCGCGCCUUCGAGUCGGAGAUCCUGCUGGCUCAGCUGCGUUCCAGCGCUGAGAGCCUCGUCGACCGCUGCAGAUGUGUGGCAGAGGCCCCGCAAGAGGCGGGGUACCCUCGCAGCAACACGCUGCGGCUGCCACCCAUCCUCCGGCUGUCCUGCGCCGUUUGGCAGCCGCUCCUGAAAUGCCGAGGGUCAUUGGCUCUUUCCACAGAGCUCUGUGACAUUGAUUGGACUUUCGUACCCACGGGCACGAAAAUCCAAACGUCGGAUGCUUAG